GACUAAAUGGGCUUUUUACUCUUUGACACGUUGCUAGGGUUCCACAACCCCAUCUCAUACAUAAACCAGUCGUUCAACUGAUUUUGCCGUCACUGCAAUUCUGUUCUCUUGCGCGACUUCAAUUUCAAAUUAGGGUUUCGCUUCGAGCACAGAAAACACCAAAUCAGCCAUGGGAGUCUUCACAUUCGUCCUCAACAAAACUGGCGCCGAAUGGUCCGCCAAGCAAUACUCCGGCGACAUCGAAGCCUCCGCUGCCUCUACUUUCGAGAUCCAACGGAAGCUCGUUAAUGCCGCUCUCGCCGUUGAUUCUUCUGGUGGUGUUCAAUCCUCUUUCUCUCCUAUUUCUCCUUCAUCUGCUGUCUUCCAGGUGAUUGUGGGUGGUGCAGUAUUUGUUGGAGGUGGUGCUGCUGCUGCAGCUGCCCCUGCAGGAGGUGCUGCCCCUGCUGCCGAUGCCGCCCCUGCCGCCGCAAAGAAAGAAGAAAAGGUUGAGGAAGAGGAGGAGGAUGAUGAUAUGGGAUUCUCACUCUUCGAUUAGAGUUUUCUAGUUUUUGUUCAAUUUUGAUUUAAGGGUUUUAGUCUUCAAUCCUAUGAAUUUUGUGUAUUGGCUUGCGCUUAUUAACGUACAAUCUACCAGAUAGAGUUUAUGCUACAUUUCUGUAUUCUGUUUUGCAAAUUUGACUUUUUAUUUAAAUUUUGUCUUGCUUUA